AUGUAUGCUCCAGUUUCGUCGUCAUGCUCCAAUCAGAACGAGAAUGAGCUUGUGCUGCAGGCCAUUUGCCGCGUCCUAGAACAACACCCUUCCAGUCGGACGGUGCCCAGGAGCAAACUCUUUUCAUUACGACUUAAGCCCGAUUCGCACUUAAUAGUGGAGCUGCAUGGCCAGUCACUACCGGCCGGUAUGUCAUCGAGUGAUAUGAUCGGUCGCUCCCUAGUUGAUCUUACCUCACCGACUGCUAAAUCUGUCGUAGAAAGUAAUCUCCGUAGUGCGGAGCAAACUGGCGAAGCCACAUUUACGAUCUACAUGGGGAAUUGCGCUCUCAGUUCGGCUCCCGUGGACCGUUUCCUAGUCGUGACAAAGGCUAUCAUUGUUUGCAAUUGCCUCUAUUGUCUCGUAGCGGACUUCUAUCCGCCUCAGCAAUAA